AAACAAAAUAAAAAUCGGUUUCAAGUGAUGCACUCCUUUCAUCCACUCUUAGGCAAUCCCAAUGCAGAGGGUCAAGGGACUCGGCAAACCUUGGAAUCUCUUCACAGACAUGUAUCUGAAAGGAUCUGAGGAGACCCACACCUAACUCUUCACUGGGGCUGCCGCUAAAGAGGGGCCAGAAAUUACCGGCAGUGUAACAGGGUUAGACUUGUUUAAAGAAUCCUGAUACAUUCCUAUAAUGGCCACUGCUCAACUCUGUCACUCUGUCAGAAUUCACAAGACAUCUAAGGAAACAAUUUUCCCAUCCCAAAUCACUAAUGAGCAUGAGUCACUGAUAAUGGUGAAGAAACUUUUUGCUACUUGUAUUUCAUGUAUAACAUAUCUAAGGGGUCUGUUUCCAGAGAGCUCUUAUGGAGAACGCCAUUUGGAUGACCUCAGUUUAAAAAUCCUCCGAGAAGACAAAAAAUGUCCUGGGUCACUGCAUAUUAUCAAAUGGAUUCAAGGUUGUUUUGACGCUUUGGAAAAGAGAUACCUACACAUGGCAGUACUUACACUUUACACAAAUCCCAAGGAACCUGAGAAAGUGACUGAGAUAUACCAGUUCAAAUUCAAGUAUACAAAAGAAGGCGUCUCUAUGGAUUUUGACAGCCGUAGUACAAGCUUCGAAAGUGGGACAAACAGUGAUGAUAUAAAGAAAGCUAGUGUGCUGCUGAUCCGCAAACUGUAUAUACUGAUGCAGAACCUUGGACCCCUUCCUAAUGAUGUUAUACUUACUAUGAAACUCCACUACUAUAAUGCAGUGACCCCACAUGAUUACCAACCCCCUGGUUUUAAAGAGGGGGUAAACUCACACUUCCUGUUGUUCGAGGGGGAACCUGUAAAUCUGCAAGUGGGACUGGUCUCCACUGGCUUUCAUAGCAUGAAAGUAAAAGUCACAACUGAGGCCACCAGAGUAUCUGAUUUGGAGAACAAUCUCUUUCAGGAGAACAGCACUACUGAGAUUGCCCAUCAGGGUCUAGACUGCGAUGAAGAAGAGGAAGAAUGCAACAAUCAGAUUCAAAGAAUGAAUUAUGUGUACAGUCAGCAAAGUUCUGAGAGCUUCAGGAAGAAGAGGAAGGUCAGCGAACCAGUGAAAGUCUUCAUUCCUGACAGAAAAUGACAGUAGAUGCCUUCACUACAUUUAUUCUAAUUUUAUUUUGCAACAAACUUACAUGAAAUGUCUUAGUAGAAAAGUAAGUUCCUAUCACUAAAACCUUUUGCUAAAUGUGUUGCUCAACUUUUUAAAGUCAACUUACUAAGUGCUAAGUUACUGGAUAGAACAUGGGUUAACUCUGCCCCAAGGAAACAAGGUCACUAGGGCUGCUUUGAAAUUGCAUUACUUCAGGGCCUCCCCGGUGGCGCAGCGGUUGAGCGCUGGGUUGCGAAGCUGCCCACAGCGUCUGCAGUGCCGGUUCGCCCGCUGCUCCCCUCAGCAGUGUACUUCGGUCCUUCUGCCUGCUCUGCUCCCCACUCUGGCUCUGGUGAAUUCUCUCACCUUCCCGUGCUUCUGACUGUACCCAGUGCUUGUAUAAAUAAAUAAAUAAAUCUUAAAAAAAAAAAAAAGAAAAGAAAUUGCAUUACUUCAAGGCUGAGUUAGAGAUGCAAUACUCUUUAUAUUUGUAGAACAACCUCAGCAGCUAUUUUGAAAAGAAAUAAACUGCUGUUCUCAAAGGAAAGAAGGGUUUUCUUUUCAUAAUUAAAUUCCCCAGGUAUUUUCACACAAGGCAUUUAGACUAGUGUGAAGUGUUUUAACUUGUUGUAACCUGUGUACUAGAAUCCCUUCAUAGCUUAAUUAGAAUCCCACAGAAUUGCAUAGGAUGUGCUUGGUGAGGCUUAUCUACGUCUGAUUUUUGUUAACUUCAAUCAAGAGGUUGAUCAGUCAUUUGGUAGACUAAAAUGUACUCUCCCUAGUAAGUUCCUGAAAUCUGGCACUAGGACCUGUACUGUUGGCCAGCUCAAGACUGGGGAAUAGGUUGCAAUGCAGGAGCCUAGCUCUCUUCUCAAGACCCAAUUCUGAGUGCUUCCCAAUAAACACUUCAGUUUAUCAAUCUUUAAUUGGCAGAUGAUGCUACUAAUCUUCUCCUUAUACUGAAAGAAUUUUGAUAGACUUAAUGAUUAGUAUCAGCUUAGUAAUAAAUGACAUAGUAUUAAUUUUGCUAUUUAUAUAACAUGGAUUUAAUAAUUUAAAUGGAUAAAUAAUUUAUGUCAUAUAUACAAUAUAUAAGUUAUAUAUAUAAGCAAUAAGUUCAAUAUUAAAUAUGUAUACUUUCUGGCUAAAUAAAAGCAAAAUGUAACUUUUU